AUGCUCCCUUUCUCUGUAUUGGAUAACUACUUGGCAAAGACGGUAUCUUCAGUACAUUCCAAAGCUCAGCAGCUUGGAAGACAAUGCCUGAGAGCUAAUGUUCAGGAAGACUUCACUCCCCUGAGGCAAACUGGUGAAAUCACGGUCUGCUUGAUUUGCAAAAACACGGAGGUAGUACAGGCAAACUGUGUCCGCUGGAACAAAAAGUUCCUAUUUAUGUGUAAAAUCAGCGCCAGUGCCACUACAGGGAUUCUGGAUACUUGCAUUUGCAGGGUAUCUGUACGGAAGGAGUUAAAAGGAGGAAAGGCAUAUGCAAAGCUGGGAUUUGCAGAUCUAAAUCUAGCAGAGUUUGCUGGAUCGGGAAAUACCACUCGUCGCUGUUUACUGGAAGGUUAUGAUACCAAAAAUACAAGACAGGAUAACUCCAUUCUGAAAGUUUUGAUCAACAUGCAGCUAAUGUCUGGAGACCCAUGCUUUAAAACGCCUCCUUCCACAGCAAUGUCUAUAGCAAUUGCUGGAGAAUCAGAAUCUUUGUAUGAAGACAGGAAAGGUGGAGAAAACUUAAAAGUAGUACAUCUGGGAAUAGCAGAUAUCUCAUCAAAGAGUGCCUCAGUCCCAGACGAACUUGGUGCAUGUGGACAUUCCAGAACAUCAAGCUAUGCAAGUCAGCAGUCAAAACUGUCAGGUUAUAGCACGUGUCACUCUAGAUCAUCCAGUCUGUCUGAACUCUGCCACAGGAGAAACACCUCGGUGGGGAGUACCUCAACAGGAAUUGGAAGUAUUCUAGAGCCAUGUGAAGUGACUGAGCCAAAAGUAACUGAAGCUAAUGUCGAUACAUCUGUUAAAGAUGCAUCAUCAGAAAAACUCUGCAGACAUCCUGUAAAGCAAGACUCUGUGGAGUCACAGCUGAAGAGGGUCGAUGCUACCAGAGUUGAUGCUGAUGACAUAGUUGAAAAAAUACUGCAGACUCAAGACUUCAGUUUAGACUCAAGUGCAGAAGAAGAAGGUUUAAGAUUAUUUGUGGGCCCUGGUGGAAGCACUUCUUUUGGAAGCCAUCAUCUACCUAACAGAGUAGGAGCUGGAGCAUAUGAGCAGGUGGUGAUAAAACGCUAA